AUGUCUUACUCCAGAUCUAGAUACAAUAGAAAAUCUUACAGACCGGCUCAUAAAUCUCAUAGUGCCGCUUACGAGAGACCGUCGCAUGGAAGAUCUCAUGGACAUAGAAAGUUUGCCAGAAACCAGAAAUACUCAAAGUACCACUACCCACAGCCAUCCUCGAAACAUGUUUAUGUUGAGGAGCCAGAGACUGACGAGGAGAGCUCGGAAAGCGAAUAUGACGGUUACGCUCAGUCUGACUCCGACGAGGAGGUUUAUGACUUUGACUUGGAAAGAAACCAAUCUGAGUCUGAAUCUGAGUCUGAAUCUCAGUUCGACUCGGACGAAGAUGCUUACGAGCAGGUUUUCAUCAUCGAUGAUUCCGACGACAUUAUCGACAUGAACGACGCUUUGGAGCUUGCCGCUUUGGACUCCAUGGAGGCAGAGGGAAAACUCAGAGACGUUAACGACGACUUGGUUAGAUACUAUGACUCGGACUCUGAAGACGAACAGCAGCUUGUGUUUGCAAACAAUGACUCUGAGACUGAUUCUGAAAGUGAUUCUGAAAGUGACUCUGAGUCUGAACUUGACCUGGACUCUGAUGCUGAAAUGGACACCGACGAAGAGGUUAUUCUUCUACUUGAUUCCGACUUGGAGAACCUCAGUGACAUUGAGGUCGAGAGUGACUCUUCUGACAGUGAAUCCAGCGAUUCUGAGUCCGAAUCUGAUUCCGACUCUGAGUCCGACUCUGACUCUGACUCUACCUCCAGCGAGAGCGAGAGCGAAUGCGAAUGUGGAUCCGACUGUGAACCAGAUAUUGAGUCCGAAUGUGACUCUCUGUGUGAGUGUGACUGCGAGUGCGAGGACGAGGACAGCGAGUCUGUCACCGACCUUGAUGUUGACUCCAACGACGAAGUCCUCCAAUUGGAGAACAUUAGACGUGCUUACGCAGACGAACUUGAAUCCGGCGAUGAGGCCUCUGAUGUUUCCACUGAAGCUGAGUCUGACGACGAUGUCUUCUUCGAGGUUGACUCUGACUACUCUUCCUCCGACGAGGACAUCCCAGUUGAAGUUGAUGCUGGUGACCCAGUUUACUACGAAUACUACAUGGAUUCCGACUCCGAUUCUGACUCUUCUGAUGACGAGGGUGUCACUAUCUACAAGCACAGAUUCGACUUGCCAGACCGUUACGACUCUGAAAACGACUCCACUGAUGACGAGUUGGACUACUCCGACGAGGAAAUGUUGAGGGCCAACGACUCUGAUGACGAGUUCGAGAUUGUUGACUUGAGCAAAGACUUGAAGGACUCCAAGGACUGCGAGUUGGUUGAACUCGACGAGAACACCUACAAGUUGAACCUCAGAUUGCCAUCCAUGAUCAAGGAGGACUUGAAAGUCAACUUUUUGAAGCACCAGAACGAGCUUGUCAUCAGCGGCAAGUUCGACUUCACCGCCGAGGAGUCAGAUGAUGAGGACAUUGCCGAACAGGACGAGGAAGUUUACGAGAGUGCUGAGGAGGACCCAUCUGAGACUAAAGAGGGUGCUGAGGCUUCUGAGUCUGACUCCGAGUCUGAAUCUUCUUCUGAGUCUGAGUCUGAGUCUUCUUCCUCUUCUGAGUCCGAGUCUGAGUCCGAGUCUAGCUCUUCCUCUUCUUCCGACUCCGAGUCUGAUUCUGAUUCUGAGUCUGAGGAGGAGAUCGUCGAAGAUGCUCAGCAGUUGAUCAAGGACUUCCAGAAGCAGGAGAUCCAAUUUGAGAAGCACUUCCAGUUCGACAAGGUCAUCAAGUUUGACGAAAUCAAGGCCACCUUCUUGGCUAAUGGUGAGUUGGAGUUGAUCAUUCCUAACGAGGGUACCGACUUGGACAAGAACGCCAACACCUACUCCAUUGCCAUUGAGGAUGCGGAGGAUGUUGUUCAGGGCGUCAUUGAAGAUGUUGCAAUCCCAGAGACCAAGCCAGUGGUUGAGGGUGAUGAUGAUGAAUUGACUCCCGUCGUCGAGUUUGUUGCUGAAGACGUGGAGAUGGAGAACUAA